GCAAGGGUAGCUGGAAUAGCACGGGGCGAUUUUAGAGCAAGAACUGCAUAGCUAUCACAUAACUACCACCAAGUGGUGCAUUGCUGAGCUAGCCAGCUACCUCUUCCACCAGAGCUGUGCUCUCAUCACACGCAGGAGUGCAGCCUCCUAAAUUCCUGGGAAGCCAAAGCUGGAAUAGCAUUUUUGGCAGGAAAAAAUCACACCCAGGUUUCAGCUGGAGAAAACAUUCACACAAGCUCAGAUAAAAAAGGGACCGCUCCUGGCCUGCACCAUUCUCCUUGUUGCAGUUCCUCAGGAGUCUUCCUUUCAGGUUGCCUACCACCCAUCAGCUUCCCAGGGACUUUGCUGGCUGAAGCUGAAGAGCAUCCUCCUGAGCUUCUUUUCCCACUGAACUGCCUGCAGUUGGCAACCUACCAGUCCAAAAUGGCAACUGACAGAAAGAGGAACUGGGGAUGCUGAUAACCAGUGAACGUGAAGCAAGUCAUCAUUGUUUGGAGCCGCAGCACUGGGUCGGAAUGACAUGAAUGGUUUUCUCAGCAGCAGACAUUGUUCCUGAGACUGGAAUAUAAUUAACUCCUGCCUACUCCCUCUUCCCAGAUGCUACCCAGUGUGCCAGCAACACACAGAGGCUUCUGCAUGAUCUCAGGUCUGCACUUUUCCAGCAGAACCAAAGCAAUGGAGAUCCUUUGGUUCAUGUUGAUCUUCAUCUCCCUUAUGGGUCAUGGAGAUGCUCAUGGACCAUUAAGCUGUAAGCAUGAAGGGGGCGCGUGCCACUGUAGGCAAGACAGGGGCUUUUGCCGACUUGGAACCUGCGAACCUGGUGAAUAUCUGGCUAAGUACUGCUUUGAACCCAUCAUUCUCUGUUGCAAAAAUCUGACAUACUCCACUGCAAAGAGCUGAAGGUUUCCAAAGGAGCAAACUGCAGCACAUGGAGAGCUGCAGGAAUGAGGAAUGAUCUGCUGUUGGGAAAGAAAUCCUUUGCCUUUCCUGUCACUGUCACUCUUCUGGGAGAGCAUAGCUAUGGGAUCACUCUGAACGCAUCACUUCUUGCUUUUGGUGGGACUUCCUAGGAAACACUGUGAAAAGAAUAAAUUUGGGCCAUCUAGGCCACUUAUCACCCCUUUUGGCAGCUGGUUGUUACCUGUCAUGCAUAGGAGACAAAUUGCCUUCUCUUUACCUGAAAGCAAUAAACAUGAAGUUUAUG